AAAUUCAUUUGUUUUCAUGCAGUUUGCUCACAGACAGAGAUUCAUUGAUGUAAAAUAAAGAUGACACAAGACACACAGAGAAGAACAAGGGCACGUAACAUCGUACAAACGGAAAUGUGUUUUCCCCGCAUGGUUGCUCAUCAUCCGUAUAUUAUCUUGACUACUGUUUUCUUAUUUUCCACAAUGUGUGUAAUUAUUCCACUUGCGAUCAAAAAGUUUCCUGAUUUCACGGAUCCCAGAAUGGGUUUUGAGGCCAGAGGUACAAUUUUGGCACAAAGAUUCACAGCAUGGCAAAAUUUAAUGGAAUCUACAAGGGCAAGCGGAGAUCUCAUAGAUAAUCCUUUGGAGUAUCAUCAAUAUCUACUGAGCCAAAAGAUAUCUGUUAAGUCCAAGUACAAAAAUAUGCCAAAUCAUAAGUUGCUUGUUCAGGAUACUCUUGGAAAAGCACCAAUAGACAAACAUAAGCGAAAGAAGCAUAAAUUGCAAAAUAGCACAAUGAGUCACAAACAAAUGAGCAAUAAGGCUAAAAAAACAUGGAACAAAUUACUGGAAAACAGGCACAGUGUAAAUAAUAUAGCGAAUGACAAAAAUAAGGAUGGUUCCAAUGAGGAUAAUUUUUUUUGCAAUUUGCCAACUUCUUCCUAUGCUCGUGUUGUAAUUGGUGCAGAUUCGAGAGAGAUUAAUCUGUGGUCGAUAGAAGGUGUAUUGGCACAAUGUCACAUUGAUGGUGUACUUCGUGCGAAUACUCACUUUGCGUCCAUAUGUCAGACGCAAGUGGAGCAUAGUGCGCAAAAUAAAUGUUGUAGAAGCUGGUCACCGGCCAACUACAUAGCACUUUUGUCCAACCGCAAUUCUUGUCUAGAAGUAACGGAAACUGAUCUCAGCAGGGUGAAGGCACUUUUGGAACAAUGUGCUCGUUAUUAUCACAGUCGCCAAUUGUCGGCCAAUUGCGCGGAUGAUGCCAAUUGUCCGAAACACAUGCCGAGCGUAUGUUAUACGAAAAACGUAGUCUAUCAUCUGCUACAUUAUCUUUUGGACGCUGACUUUAUUCCACCUACAAAUAAUACCGACAUCGACAACAAGCAAAAUUCGACGCUGCAAUCCGUCAUGUUGUUUCUUCCAGUUGCGGCGAGUUCCGCGACUUUAGAUUUCUAUAAAGAGAUUGAUAGGAAAAAGGACAACUUGACACAUGGAAGGAUUCGUGUGCAAGGAAUGCAGUUUGGCUUAAAGAGCACGCUGUUUGAUCGACUGUUAGUGUCCGACUCGAGUUUGUUGCUCGCUGGUUUUGUGUUUGUUACACUUUCCAUUUGGAUAUACACUGGCUCCAUAAUCCUAACUAUCACGACAAUUUUAGCGGUUGUGUUUAGUCUCGGUAUCUCCUACGCAGUGUAUACACUCGUCUUACGGAUUCAGUUCUUUCCUUUCAUGAACUUAUUGGCUAUCGUUGUAGCUAUAGGUAUUGGUGCGGACGAUGCGUUCAUAUAUUGCAAGAUAUGGGAAUCUAAGAGGCAGCGGAGACAUUCCUCUGACGAUGGAUUGGUAUGUGUGGUACAAGAAACUAUGAGACAUGCUUUCCCUGCGAUGUUGGUCACAUCUCUUACGACAGCAGUAGCCUUUUUUGCAUCAAGUGUCAGUAACGUGACCGCCAUCAACUGUUUCAGUUUAUUUUCAGGCAUAACGGUUAUUGCCAAUUUUCUCCUCAUGAUCACCUGGUUACCUGCGUGUGUAAUUGUAUCGGAACGUUGCAAAUUGAACCUAUCUCCGCCAAAUUUUAUCGGCGAGAGAUUUCUUCGUCUCCUGCGAUCCCUCGGGAAUCAAGUGACAGUGGGAUUUACCGCUCUUCUCACUAGGAUAGUGAUUCGUUUGCGAUACGUUUGGAUAUUAACUCUCGGGGGUGUGGCGAUAAUGUGUUGUCUCGUCGUCUUCCGUUAUCCCGGUUUGCAACUGCCAAACUAUAUCGACUUUCAAUUGUUCGACAAUGCACAUCCCUUCGAACAAUACGACCAGAUAUAUUCGAAAAAAUUUUGGUUCGAGAGAUACGAAAUGGUCGGUGGUGAUGCUUCGACGGAGAUUCUACCAUUAAGAUUUGUGUGGGGUAUUGAGCCUAUCGAUAAUGGUGAUUACCUCGAUCCCGGUAGAAAAGGAACAACAGAAUACGACGAAACUUUUGAUAUUACGGAUCCGGCGUCACAAUUAUGGCUCGAACAGUUUUGUCAGGAUUUACGAAGUCAGCCUUUUUAUCGCAUCACAAUGGGACCUUUGCUGCAAAAUUGUUUUAUCGAGUCAUUACGUCCAUGGAUGCAGAGACGUUGUAAAGAUCCUUUCGAUUCUCGCAUAGACUACACACCGUGCUGCGAAAGCAGCAAGUUUCCGUACGAACCGAAUGUUUUACAACAGUGUGCGGCUGAAGCAACCGCACAGUUAUAUCGCACACCAUCCUAUUUGUGGAUUCGAAGUGACGUAGCUUCUGCAGGUCUGAAAUUUGCAAAAGAAUUGUCUUCGCAACUGCUAAACGACACAAACUUGACGAAGGCAACACCUAAAAUUAAAGCGCUUAUUGUUGAAUACGACAGCUCGUACACAUAUACUUCUUCGUUUACGAGUAUGAAUACAUUUUUUAAUCAGGUUGAAAGUUGGAUGCGAGAAAAAUUGGAGAGUGCUCCGCCAGGAAUGAAACGUGGUUUUUUCGUUAGUCAAUUGGAAUUUUUCGAAUUGCAACGUACAUUGCACGAAGGUACCAUACGAGCAAUAGGAGUAUCGUUAAUCUUGGCUCUGAUAGUAUUAGCAGUGGUGACUCUAAACCCUCUCGUCAGCCUGUAUGCUAUUGUAACUGUCGGUGCUGCGAUAAUAGUUACAGUUGCCAUACUCAUCCUGUUGGGUUGGAAACUCAACGUUUUGGAGAGUGUUGCAAUCUCUACAGCAAUAGGUCUUGCUGUAGACUACAGUUUGCAUUAUGCUGUAAGUUAUAAAACCUGCAUUUCUGAAAAGCGAAUGGACAGAGUCAAAACAGCACUGCAGCAAAUGGGUGGUCCAACCCUCAUGGCGGCGAUUACUAGUGGAGCUGCAGGCGCUUUCAUGUUACCUUCUCGUGUAAUGGCGUAUAUACAAAUAGGCAUCUUUUUGCUGCUCAUUAUGACAAUAAGUUGGAUAUAUGCCACAUUGUUUAUGUGUUCGGUAUUGGCACUCAUGGGACCAUCUUCACAUUUCGCUCAGUUUAAAUAUCCCCGAGCAGAUCACAAACCUCUCGGAGGACUUGGAACAAGUCGUUGGUUGGAAGCACUCUGGGAGCCAAGCGCUGGUCUAUUUGCUUUGCCAGGUGGACUUGAUAUGUUGGAUAUAAGUGGCGAUGGAGAUGCCAGAUUUAUCUGCGCUGAUCUAGGACCAGUUGGAAAUGACUCAACAAAGGUACGAGUGUAUAAAGGAGGUGAUCAAGUAACUGAACACAACAUGGUAGAUCCGCCUUGCGGCAUAGUUGGUUUUUAUACGGAAAAUGGGGAGCCUCGAUCAUCGGUAGUGGCUGUAGGAGCUGGAGCCAGUGUGUAUGUUUUCAAAAAUAUGAGGCCCUUCUUCAAAUAUUGCCUACCACAUAUCGACGCACAUCCGAAAGAACGAGAAAUCUGGCAUAAGUGCGGGCUGGACGAGGAAUUGAAUGUACUAACAUUGGCGGAUGACUUGGAGCUGUUACUGAAAGAGCUCGGCGCGGCGUUUCUUUCGCCUCGAACGUUAAAAUUUCUAUCGAUGGACAGUAAUUUGCGAGUGAGCUUCGCGGAGCAAUAUAGAAGAGUGCCUCUCGUUAAGCCCAAUGCGUUAACAGCGAUCGCGAUCAUACGAAGAGACUCGUGGAACGAUCCCGCCAGUAGUUGUCUUAUAUUAGGAACCGAAGCUGGAGAAAUUCUCGUCUUGGAUCCCAGAGCUUUUUUAGUUAUGGAUAAACAUCAACUAGAGUGGCCACCGGUAACAUUCGCCAGUUGCGGUUUGUGGACAGGCGACGGUCGUAUAAUGGUUAUUGGAAGAGACGGAAAAAUAGGAGCGAUCAGGAGGGGAAGUCCCGUGAAACUUUGGGAAACACUGCCCGCGCCAGCGGUGUCUAUUUCCGUUCUUACUUCUGGCGGAGCAGCGGUGGCUGUUAUGGAUGGUACUUUAGUAGGAUUUUCAAAAAAGGGCAUAAAGCUGUGGUGUAUCGAUAUUCCUGGUAUAAUAUUAGAUUUAGUGAGUUUACCAGUACCACAAAGCGGUCUGUCCUUGUUAGCCGUAAGCACAGCGGGGUACGGAGUACGCAUUUAUGACGGAAAACAUCAUGUGGACACUGUGAAGAUUAUGGAACCCGUGUCCGCCCUUAAGUACGGACGAAUGGGGCAAGAGGAACGAACGAUAGCGAUGGUCACGGUCGGUGGUGCUUUAUGUAUGAAGAUUCUGAAGCGUACUGCUGAUUUUAACGUGAACAAUUCAACGUCUAAUUCGUCAUCGUGCAAUGCAUCUAAAUUCUCGAUACCAAAAAAAACAAGAUUGUUCGUCGAUCAAACGAUAAGGGAGAGAGCGGAGGCGAAGAAAAUACACAAUACAUUUCAACAAGGAUUUCUUCGUUUACGCUUGACCAUCGCUAAACAAGCCUCUGAACAUUUGAAUGAGAAUCAAACAUCGGGACUGAAUCCCAUUACGUUGGAGACAAAUGUUCUCGGUUUGGGACCCAAUUACACGAUUCGCGUCAUAGUGACUAAUAUUUCCGAGAAUUUGGUCCGUACAGAGUUGUAUAUUCUCUGUAGAGCCGAAGGUACCGACGUGAGUCCUCGCGUGACAAAUUUGCCCUUACUGCCAAGCGCUGUACCCAUACCACUAACCAUUUGUGCAAGCUUGAAAAGUCAAAUAUCGGGAAAGAUUAAGAUUUUACUGUGCAAGAAAUCAAACCCGAAACCCUUGGCUGUGACGGUUAUAGUAUUACCGGCUGCUGAGGAAGACUUUGAAGUUUAAUUGAUAAAACACAUAUGUUUUUUACGGUUGCAUCAAGUUGCACUCUGUCUUGCGCUUAUAAUAUAGGCCAGUAGGAAUAUCUGAAAUAUAUCUUGGAGAUGAUUUAAAGACGUACCAAAGUAGAACCAGAUGUUUUUUAGACCUUUGCGUUAUCUGUGCGCAAUCAAGUGGAUGCGCACACUUGGUAGAAAGAAGAAUAGAAAGAUUACGAGAUGAUUCUAAAUGAUUCUAUGAUUGGUUAAACUUAACACAAAGAGCAUUUUAUCGAAAUAUGUUUUAUUAAUAAAAAAACAACUAUCUGUUAAAUUUAUUUUUUCUUUUCUAUACAACAUAAAUGAAAAACAGAGCAUGGUCGUUCGGUGUACACUCGCCGCGGACAUACAUUCUCUUAUCUUUUUUGUUGCAUCCAAGCGCCAAUGGCGCGAAUCGUUUCACUUUACAGAGUGAUUAUCGUCGCGCGAGAAAACGAAUUGGCGCACCCGCGCGAAUAUUCUCAAAAUACACACACACACACACACACACACAUAUAUAUAUUUAUUUAUUUUUCUUUUGGUCACUGCGCGAAUCAUCCUUAUCCUCUCACGCUCGUUAUUUAAAUCCGACAAGAACUUCGCUGAACAUAUUCUCGGUCACGUUUCGUUCGCGUGACCGCACACCAUUAUAUUACAACGUGAUGCGCGUAUAUUUUCGAAUAACAAAAUAUAAAUCCACGUACAUAUUGUUAUAUCAACAUACAAGCACACACUUCUUGUCAUGUACGCACCAUUAAUCGUACGAGUGAAUAAAGGAUAUAGUGGAGGAA